AUUAAAAAUUUGUCAAAUUCAACGAUCGCAUGACGACGACGAAAUCAUUCAAUUUUCGGGCUUCAAUUCUUCAGGGGCCAAGCGGCGGGACGGGCGCCACCAGACGGUGUUGGCGUCCGCCACGGGCCGACGGGCAGUGGCCCACUGGCUGCUGCAUUGUCGACCUGGCAACGGCGGUAAACAAACGCCCGCCGCCUCAGACCACGUCAACGAUCACCCAUCCGCCCCUCAAUUGCCGCCCAACCAUUUUUGCCCACCGCCGCCAGCCAGCAGCAAAAGAAAGCCUCGGCGAGCCAACCAGCGUGUGCCUCACACUGCACCUGCACUGGAGCGAGGCCCUCCCCCUCCCCUGCACGCGCGUGCAGCUGCAUCCUUGACUUUUGUUUGUCGUCGCCAUUGUUGAUGUUCCCACCAUCCUCGUCCCUGUACAGUACCGCAUCUCGCUCGUCCUUUUUUACUUUGGUCUUUUGAGUUUGGCGCCUGUUUUUCUGACGUCUCCGAGAGACGCCUUUUCCCCCGCCUGCAACAGAGACACACAUCCUCCACGAAAGCAAGAUAGAUAAGGUGACCCCCCCUCUUUCUCCGGGCGGGAGUACCUGCAUGCAACCUGUUGUUGCCUCGCUGCCAACCCAUACCGACAUCAAACACACAAACACCGGCACGGCUGCUGGGCAUGCCGCGACGCAAUCAACGACUGCACAACGACUUUGACUUUGCCAUCCACGUGGACCCGUCUUGCAUGAGCGAGCCGACAACGUACGACGAUAUCAUGGAGCCAGAGGUGCCCAAGGUGGAGGAGGUCGAGGCUGGUACAACAGAGGAUGCCGUUCCGGAUGGCGAGGGCGAGCGGGAGGCAGAGAACGUUGCUUUCGAUGCCGCCCAGGAGCCGGACGUGGAACGGGUCGAUGAGGACGAGGCGAAUGACCCAGCAAAGUCCGAGGACCAGGAAGCAUUCGUCAUGGAGAGCGACCGGCAUGAAGAAGCGCUGGCCGACAAGGCCGCCGAAGAACUCGAAGCCGCCUUCGAAGAACUUGUCGAUGGCAUGGUUCAACAGUCCGCCCAGGACCCUCCCGAGGAGCCUGCUCAGACACCCGACGAGGACGACGUACAGGAUGAGGCCCAUGAUGCCUCAAUCAGCACCAGUGAAGUCUCGGAAAGCGCAAACGACGUCACCGAGGUCCAUAGCGAGACCUCGGGCCCCAGGGCCGCUGACGACGACCAAACCGACGACACAAUGAUUGUGAAUCACGCCACUGAACACGAUGAUGCCGCAUCACUCACAGACCACGACCGCCACUCCAUCGUCGACAGCGAGACAGGUGGGACCCGUGUCUCCGUCUCGAGACGUGGCUCUGCCAUGUCGGCGGCCUCUCUCGAAAGCGACCGCCGACGCGCCUCAUACCGCACCGAGGCCCUGAUACACGCCGCUGCCCGCGACAUUGUCCAGCAGCUCGGCCGCCGCGGGAGUGCGCAAGAGGCCAAUGACACGGCGGAGAGUAGCUACGUGGCCAACUCUGAGCCCGCGAGCGCCCGCCCGUCGUACGGCGGCUCGUCCGUUGUUGAGCAUCACGAGGAAGACGACCAUCACGACGACGUAGAAGAAGACCACGAAGACCACGGGGAAGAAGAGCAAGUGCCAGAAGACGACGACCACGGAGACGAAGACCAACAAGAAGAACAAGAAGAAGCACCCGAGGCCGGCGACAGCAGCUCCCACCACGAACACGAAGACGACGUCUUCAGCGACGACAGUCCCCGCAGCUCCAUGGGAUCCAUGUCCGAGGCCGAGCAGUCCAAGAUCGAGCAGACGCUCUCCCUCCGCAACAUCACGCAGCGCAGCCACUCCCCACGCAUCUCCGACAUCCCGCCUUCCGACAUGGACGACCAGGACUUUGUCGCCACGGUCCGCGGCACACCACGCCCGCCCUUCCGCUCGCCGUCGUCAGUCAGGGCCAUGCAGAUGUCAUCGCCGCCGGCCUCGGUCCUGGGGACGACACCGCGCUCCAGCCGCCGCACCCCCUUGCCCACCGUCUCGCGCCUCGGCUCGCCCUCCGUCUCGGCGCAGUACUCGCCCAAGAAGACGCCUCCGCGCUUCAAGCGCGCCACGCCGCCGCUCGUCCUGCUGCACGUCACGCUGCUUCCCCUGCGCUGGAUCUGGGCGGACGUGCUCGAGGCCGCCGACGCGGGCGACCUGAGCCCCGAGGCCAAGUCUCUGCGCGACUCGUGGCGCCAGCUGCAGGAGCGCACCGGCGACACCGUCUCGGACCGUGGCAUCCUGCUGCCGCACCCCCAGAACGACUACGAGGUCCUCGAGGAGCGCCUGCUCGAGGCCCUGGAGCUGCCUCUCCGCCGACGCGCGCGCAUCCUCGAAUGCGGCCACUACCUUGGCCCUGCCAACGAGAUGACGCUGCCAGAGGACAUGGACAGCGACGGUGACGAUGGCGGCGAGUACAACAACGAGUACCGGCACUCGCUCAGUACGAACAGUAGGCGCUCCACGCGCGAGGGCGCCGCAGACAAGACGCACUGGUGCCGGACGUGCAAGUCGGAGAUACGCUACGACUCGCUCGGCCAGGGCAGGGUCUUCCGCGUGAAGGUGUACGCGAGCAACGGCCUGAUGCGCGGCGGCGCGUGGGAGGCGUGCUGGAAGGAGAUGGAGCGCGUCGACGUCGAGCUCGAGCCCAUUGUCGACGCCGCCCUCGCGGACGAACUGGCCGAGCUGGCGGCCGAGCAGGAGCGCGCCAUGGAGAUGAGGGUUGCCGUGGCCGCGGAGCAGCAGCAGGACGAGGAGGAUGAGCAGCGGCAACGGCAGCGGCAACCCGAGUACGAAGACACCUUUGUCGAGGAGAACCACGCAGAGGAGCUUGUGCGCGAGUCUGCGCCCGCCCACCCAAUAGACGAGGAGCAUCAUCGCCAUGUGGACGUCGACGACCACGAGCAUGAUGCCCCCGAUGACGAUGGGGAACAGCAAAGACGACGACGACCGUCUACCCCCGCGCCCGAGGCAACGCCCCCGUACCAACGCGAAGAACGGCGCCGCACCGUGGACGAGGAACGCCUACGUGAAAUCUACGGCAGCACACCUCCUGCUCAUGCCGAGGCCCCCUCGUCACGCCACGCCAAGGGCGAGUCGGCGACGUACGCAACGCGCGAGACGCCCCCCUCGCCGUCCGUGGCGGCCCACGCGCGACGCGAGCAGGCACGGCAUAGGGAGGCGUACCACGGCGGCGGCGGUGGCGGCGGCGCGUCCCUGCCGGAGCUGCUCCUCGAGGCGGGACGGGUAGCCAUGCGCGACCGCAAGAACGUGGUCAUCGGCCUUCUCAGCCUGCUCAUCCUCCUGCUCGCCGCGAGGACGGGCGACAGAGCUCCCCUUCCUCCUCUUCCUCAUCAUCAUCCCGCGGAGACGACGGCUCUCGCUCCCAAUGUGCCGUCAGCCAAAAUCGAGAGCCACACAGCAGUAGUAGAGUCGCCGGGCGUGCUGGCGACGACGUCGGAGGAACAGGCGGAGGCCAUCGUCGUGGCGGCGGCGAGCGCGAUGGCUUCGGCCAUGACGGACAGCGAGUCUGCGGUGGCGGUUACGACUGCGACGGCGGAGCACGCGAGCCAGGUCUCGGAUCCGUGCUCCAUGUCGACUGCGAGCGAUGUUUCCACAAGUAUACUCCGCGUCGUGGAGACUGUCACGGAGACGGUCCGGGAGACGGUGCUAGAGACGACGACGCAGACGGCGACAGCCUCUUCGCCGACAGCGGGAGGCUCCAUCUCUACGCCGCAGAGUCUCGACGGUGCCGAUCCGGUGGUCACGCAAGGGGACGAAGAGACAGCCCCGCAGGAGACGGAGCUGCCGGCAUCCAACGAUGAAGCUGUCGAGAAGAACGAGGGAGAGGGGAAGGAGGAGGCUGACGAGACCGGGACAGAGACCAACAACAACGGCGCCGGCGGCGUUGAUGAUGACAACGACGCCAGCGCAACCGCCUAGGGACGCAGUGGAACGCCGAGAGUUGAAUUCAGAUGCAUGCAUGGCGAAGCGCGGAGCGAAUAAGACUGAACACUGAUUUUUUGGGCAUCUGCCGAUGUUUUCUUGUUCUGGUCGGAAUUGCCGUUUGGCGCGGGGAGGAAGCGAAACACGCCGAGAAUGCGCCACCAUCAGGGGAAGAAGCAAACAAAGGGGAGGGGAGGUACCAAGGCAAGCAGUGCUUGAGUGAGGAGGGAGUGAGGAGCAAACACAACCGACGGAGAGGUACUUGGACGGGGGUGGUUACUGGUACUGAUGAACGAGCACGGGCAAUGACGGACGAUGUGUGUAGGAGGUGUGUAUCAGCGAGACUGAGUACAUUGCCCCGCCACGGUCGCUUCUAUAUAUAUUACAUAUCUACACACAUGCGCACGGAGAAGACACACACACGCACGCACAAAGCUAUACCAUACAUAUCAUAAUACGAGACGAUUGUUACGGCC